UCCCCCCCCCCCCCCAAAAAAAAAACAAAACAGCGACAUGUUGUCUAGCGGGGCUCUUCCUCAAACCUUGGGAUCGAUCACUACUACCAAAAUCAACGAGCUCUCCAAACAACGAGCUCUGUUUGAGAAGCGGAGAGCCGAGAUUGUUGAGGCUGCUGAAAAUGCUUCCAGUCUUCGCUCCAAGGCUCAGAUCCUCUUGGAAGGUGUGACCAAACUCAAGGGCUUCCCCAAUGAUGCACUUGAUCAGGAGGACCUGGACGAGGACAAGAAUUCAGACAUAGAAUCCGCGGUGGAGGAUCGAACCGAGCGUGCGCUCCAUGUCAAUAUCCGUCGCUUCCUUCUGCAGAGCCAGUAUGAUCCAUCGGUAUCAGAUCGCAGCUUGAAGAGCUGGAUUUCCCACCUGGAGGAAGAGCUACAAUAUCUGCAGCUUAGGCAUAAGCAUGCCAAAUUCUAUAGCUCCCUAGUCACCGAAUGGCUGGGCGAUCUGGAAACUCCCUCCGCCACAACAGACGAUGAAGAGCAGCAGGGCGCCGGCUUCGAAAAUGUGAGACGUACAGAGAUGCAGCAACAGCGAGAAACAUGGGAGUCGCUGGUCUUCACAGAGGCAGACGUGGAUGCAAGUGCUGUCCGAGCAUACCUCGAGGGUCUCUUUGAAGCGACGACGCCCUCGAAGCAGGCCUUGACGGAACUGCGUGACACUAUUAGGAGCAUUGGUAUCGAUUUUACGUCAAAAAGUAUUUCGCUCGACGUCGACGAUCUCAAGUGGGUUUCCGAGUCAUUGCUGCGGUCGGACCUACUCACGAAGGAGAAGACCGCCAUUUUGAAGGAGUUCAUGCGCAACCCCGCAGUAUCCCAGGAGGUGGUCGACGUUCUCAAUAUGCGUCUGGCUUCCCUGGAUAACUGGGGCUGGCCUGCGGGAUGUAUCCCGGUGGAGAUGCGUCGUCAGCUGAAUGGGAAGUACCGUGUGUUCAUGGACGAGGACCUGUUGGAUGGCCUCAUGUUCCAGUACCUAGGAACCAAGUGGUCUGUUACCUUUCGAUCUGCGUUCAACGCCUUUCUGGACACGCCGGCAUGGAAAUUUCUGCGUGAGCACAUCCCUCGGCCCGAAAUUUCUCGUCGCUCCAAUUUCACGGCCAGUGAAGCUUCACAACGCGGAACAAGUUGCGUCAACAAUGCCCGGAAGAAAAUGUACAAGGACGACUACUUUAUGACUCUUCUACCCUCAUCUGUGGAGCAGGGCAAUGUAGCAUACGACGGCGAUGGUGGAGACGCCCGGGAUAGCAGCCUGAAGAAGGAUAAGAAGAACGCGCUGGAAACGAAGCACUCCCUUCUCCAUCUCCUUAUCACUGAGUCUCUUGUCUACACUUCGCUGCAUGGAGAAUUCACCGCCAUCAGAUCGGACGUCAAGUGGUUUGGUCCCUCUCUCGCCCAUUCUACGAUUCUUACCGUCUUGGAGUAUUUCGGAGUCCCGCAAUACUGGCUCAACUUUUUCCGCACUUUUCUGGAAACUCCAAUCAAGUUCGUCCAGGACGGACCGGACGGCUCGAGACAAAUCCGGAAGCGAGGCGUUCCCAUGAGCCAUGCUCUUUCCGACUGUUUCGGGGAGACCGUGCUGUUCUGCAUGGAUUUUGCUGUCAACCAGAGCACAGAUGGUGCGUAUCUGUAUCGACUGCACGACGACUUCUGGUUCUGGGGUGAGGAGGAGACCUGUGUCAAAGCCUGGGCUACGAUGACGGAGUUUACGAAGGUCAUGGGCCUGGCUUUCAACGAGGAAAAGACAGGAACGGUGCGACUGGUGGGAAAAGAUGCGAAGGACCGUCAGAGUCAACAGUCGACGGAUACAGUCUCGCCCGACCCCCUGCCCAAAGGCGAAAUUCGCUGGGGCUUCCUCAGGUUGGAUCCUCUGGAAGGCCACUUCGUCAUCGAUCAAGAACAGGUCGAUAACCACAUCUCCGAAUUGAAGCGCCAACUCUCAUCCUGCAAGAGCGUCUUCUCGUGGGUGCAGGCCUGGAACAGCUACUUCGGGCGGUUCUUUGCCAACAACUUCGCCAAACCAGCCAUGUGCUUUGGACGUAGCCACAUUGACAUGGCUAUUUCGACGCUCAGCCGCAUUGAGCGCACCUUGUUCGCCGACAGCAACAGCGGAGUGACGGAUCACCUGCGUCAGGUUUUAGCCGAUCGGUUCGGUGUUGAAGACCUCCCCGAAGGCUUUUUCUACUUCCCCGUUGAGUUCGGCGGCCUGGAGCUUCUGAACCCAUAUAUCUCUUUCCUCGCCAUGCGCGAAGGUAUCAAAAUGACACCUCACGGCCGACUCCAGAAGGCCUUUUUGCAGUACGAGGUGGAGUAUCAUACUGUCAAGGAGCGAUUCGAGAAAGAAGCUACGGCAAGUUUCGGGCCCCACAGCGACAUGGAUGGGCUGUCGCUGGAGGAGUACACCCGUUACCCUGAGACUUAUAGUCGUCCGCUCCUGAACGCGUACAAUGAUCUGAUCCGUGUGCCUGAGGAAGUCAGUGUCAACCAGACGCCGGCACUGCACAGAAACCAGAUGGCACUGGACAGGACGGUCAUCACUCACACGAAAAAUCGCAAUAUCAUCUCCAACCAAUGGUUCCGCAUGUCGCCGUACUGGCAAUGGACCGCGGAGUUGUACCAGGACGAGAUGGUGAAAACAUACGGGUGUCUGGCGGCAGUGAACCGGGAGUUCAUGCCGCUGGGAGUGAUCAAGACGCUGAAGGAAGGCAAGUUCAGAUGGCAGAGCUGAUAAGCAGGAGGUAGAAAAGGGUGUGUAUCGAUAGCUUCAUGGCAGAUCUUUGACCUCCCCUAAUAGGUGGUGCUCUUAAAUAAUGAAAAGUUCUAUAA